AUCUCAUAGCUUUCCAUGGCAUACAACAAAAACAACAUUAAAAUCUAUGAACAUGUCAAAGUUGUUCCACCAUCAUCAUCAACCCAAUCAACAACCACAACCCCUCUCACUUCGUAUGACCUAAUUUUUCUAAGGUUCCACCCAUCCGAGCGAAUCUACUUUUACACACUCCAUGAUCCACACUCUCACCCUUCAUGUUUCUUUCAUGAAAUUGUUCCAAAUCUAAAAUCUUCGCUCUCUUUAACCCUCCAACACUUUCUCCCUUUAGCUGGUAAAAUCGUUUGGCCUUCUGAUUCUUCAAAACCAUUCAUCCAAUUCAUUUCAAAUGAUGAUGAUAAUGGAGUUUCGUUGCUCAUUGCAGAAUCUGAUGCUGAUUUUGAUCAUGUCAUUGAAAAUUCACCGCAUGAAGCUUCUUUGACUCGCUCUUUUAUUCCUAACUUGGAAUCAUCAGAUUUGUUUGCUUCUACUAUGUCGCUCCAAAUCACUCUUUUUCCAAAUUGUGGCUUUAGCAUAGGAAUCACGCAACACCAUGCUAUUUUUGAUGGAAAAUCUUUAUCCAUGUUCGUCAAAGCUUGGGCUUAUCUAUGCAACAAAAUAAUUGGAUUUGAAACACCAACUUUGUUGCCAGAGUUAGAGCCUUUAUUCAACAGAGAUAUCAUCAAAGGCGCGAAUGAAAAAAAUGCAAUCGAGAUUUUAUCCAGGAUAUCUCCAACUGAAAAAGGAAAUGAAAGAAGCCUAAAGAUUUUUCUUGCUGAACCAAAACUCGAAGACUCUGUCCGUGCUACAUUCAAGCUCUCACGUGAAAACUUGGAUAAGAUAAAGCAAAAUGUGUUAUCCAAAUGGGAAAUAUUCGACGCAAAUGAAUCAAAGCCACACACUCUAUCAACUUUUAUUCUCACUUGUGCUUAUUCCAUUGUUACUAUUGCAAAAGCUAUUCAUGGAGUUGAAAAAGAGAAAGAAAAGUUUGGUUUUACUUUUCCAAUAGAUUAUAGAGCAAGGUUGGAACCACCAUUACCAAAUAACUAUUUUGGAAACUGUAUAUGGGGGAAUUUCAUUCGUUUAGAUUCAUUUGAUUUCGAAAAAGAAGAUGGUGUCUUUGUAGUAGCCAAGUGUAUUUAUGAGAAAAUAAAGAUGAUAAAUGAAAAGGGAAUUCUAAAAAGAGAGAAAAUUGGUGAUAAAGAUAAAUCUAUACAUAAUGAGGGAUAUACAAAAGUUGCAGUGGCUGGGUCUAAUAGAUUUAGUGUUUAUGAGAAUGAUUUUGGUUAUGGAAGGCCAGAAAAGGUGGAAAUAGUGUCGAUCGAUAGAGGUUUAAUAAUUGGUUAUGGAGAUAGCAAAGAUGGUAAUGGUGGAGUUGAAAUUGGUCUCGUUCUAAAUAAAGAUGUAAUGGAUCUCUUUAGCACUUUGUUUUUUGAAGGACUAUGUGAUAAUUGACUUUGGGGAGCAAGUGGAACUAUGAAGUUUUUUUAAAAUUAUUUUUAUUUUGAACGAAGAAUUUCAAGUCAUUUCAUCGAUUAUCAAAAGAGUAAUUGGACAAUAUGCCUCAAGAAUUUAUGGUUUGUAUUUUGAUUAACAAAGAGAGUAUCGUGGUGGAUCUUAUAUACCGCUUCUGUUGGAAUAUUAUCUGUUGAUGGUGAAUCUGAUAGGUUUGAGCUCUAACCUGAGAUUAGCGAGGUGGUUCUGUAGCACUUGUGAUUUUGUUCCUUGAUGUCUCCUCCUGUUUUCGACUUCUUGUUCUUAUUAUGUAUUUUCCUUUUGUAUUAUGUUUCCGAGCACCUCUUGUUCUUUGUACUUUUAAGUUUUAUUCUACAUAUUCAUAUUUUAUAACCACA